AUGAAGACCAAGAAGUCUCAAGCAGUUAGGCCAAGCUCACCUGCCUGCCAACCAAAGUCUCGCUUCACCUUACGAAGUAGAAAGAAGAAGGAGAGGUUGAUCCGAGGCAAGCUUCGCAUCCGCUCCAUGCCUGGAGCGUUCCUAGUGCUUGGCGUGGUUGUGGUGGUUGUUGGCACUGCUCUGGCUGUGGCAGGAUACUGGCCCUAUCAGAUAUCAAGGUCGUCCAUCCUGGGAGCUGCAGAUAGGGAAAGCGCCUCUGAAUCACAGACUUCCGGCUGGAGUCUGGGACCCAAGGGCUUCCUGUCCACAGCCAGUCUCAUUCACAGUGAGAGGAUGAAGCUGUUGGGACCAGUCAUCAUGGGGGUGGGUCUCUUCAUCCUCAUAUGUGCCAACACUGUCCUGUACGAAAACAGGGACAGAGAGACUCAGAUGCUGGUGGCCCAGAUGCGCAGUGUUAUCUGCUCCGUGUCUGCGGCUGUGCCUUCAGCUGACCUUAAAGAAAUAGCAGCAGCCAAUUCGAUGGCCAAACACUACCAGUGGGUUAGCAGUCUACCAGCUGCCCAUCUCAACAUUCUCUGUCUGCAGCAGCUGGCCACCUCUGAGCCCCUGCUCCAGAGCAGAAGCACCGUAGACCAGGGGCACAGCAUGGAGGGUUUCUACCAGCAAGCUGUUCUUCCGAUGGAAGGCCUCCACCACCAGGAGUCAAAGCCUCCGUGUUCCGCCAAAGCUUCCCUCUCCAGCUCAUGCAAUUCCAGUCAGACUGACUUUAAUGCACAGCUGGGUGCUAAAUGUGAAGAGAGAGCCAGCUGCAGUUCACACACUGGCCCACUUGUUAAGACCAAUGUGUGCCUGGUAUCUGCAGGCUCCAUGUCCACCUUAGGGGUGGAUGAAGUUGAUGUCCCAGCUGCUCAACCAAGGCGCUGCCACAGUAUGAGCUACAGGACUAACCCUUACACAAAGCGAACUGGUAGGUGUAUGGAGAGAGAGCACAUUCAGGCAAAUCAGCUUGAAGUCACUCGUAUGGAGGCGAGCUCACAGGUUUGUGUAAACGUUCUUGGACAGGUUGCCGAUUCUGCAGAGCAGACUCACCAAAGCUGGCCUCGGCUAGAUCUGGGCAACGGCAGACGAUACCUGAAACUGGAGAACAAAGAAGACUCGGUGGAAAAACUGCUGGACCAGUUGGAGCACCAGUGCUCUCAGGGGGAUACAAGUUUUGGAUCUGGGCCUUUCCAGUGA